AUGGUUCUCGAUCGGAUGCUGGGCUGGGCCGCAUUGGGCCUGAUCUUGGCACUCGCUUGCUCUGGGGCGAUCCGGCAGCUAUACACGAACAACGAGACUACCGUUGUGGUGCCCGUCAGCCAACGCGCCAGCAGCAUAAACGAGGAAUGUGUAGCUGCCGCGGCGCUCGCCCGAGUCCUGCCCACCACGCUGAGCAACGAAGCCACCGCUUUCCUGGCCGCCCGCGCCGACGCCCCGCGCUCGCCGCCGAUCAGCGCCUUGCCGCAGGCCGAGGGCGCCGCCUUCACGCGCGGGAUCCUCGCCGCCUUCUGCGGCCCCUCGGCCGAGCGCCACCGCGAGGCGCUCGUCGCAUCCGACAGCGAAACCACCAUAGCCGGCGUCCCGGUCGUGCGGUCGACCCCCAAGCUCGGCGUGGCGCUCGACGGCACCCCCAGCGCGGCAGGACCUACUGCUAUGGACGAGACGGCGGUGAUCCUGUACAUCCACGGCGGCGCCUACAUCGCUGGCUCGGCCCUUGGGAUGGCCCACACCUACGCGCCGCUGUCCGCCGCGACUGGCAUCAAGGUGGUUUCAGUAGAGUACCGCCUCGCGCCAGAGCACCCCUUCCCCGCCGGCCUCGAUGACGUCACCGCGGUCUACCGCGCCCUCCUCGAGUCCCACGCCCCGUCCCGCAUUGCCGUCGCCGGCGACUCCGCCGGGGGCGGCCUCGCGGCGGCGCUCCUGCUGCGCGCCGCCUCUGACGGGCUGCCGCAGCCGGGCGCGGCGGUGCUGGUCUCGCCGUGGACGGUGCUGAACUCGUCGAGGGCGGACACACACGCCACCCUGAAGUGUGUCGACCCCCUCAUCUCCGUGGACACCCUCACAACAGCCGGAAAGUGGUACGCGUCAGGCUCAGACCUGGGAGUGGACGACCCGCUGGUGUCACCCGCGUUUGGCGAUUUCUCGGCGGCUUCCGCCGCAGCCUCGGAAGCCGGCCGGAAGCCGCCGGCGGUGCUCAUCCUGGUGGGCACCCGGGAGCUGCUCCUGAGCGACUCGGCGAUUCUGGCGCGCCAGAUGCGGCGGGGCGGGCUCGAGGUCGAGCUGAGCGUUUACGACGGCAUGUGGCACGUCUGGGCCACGGGCGCCCAGGGCACGCUGGGGCUGCCCGAGGCGGUGGAGGGCGUGCAGGAGGCCGCAGCAUUCAUUCUCAAGCACCUUGGUCCCCCGCCGUCAUGA